AUGUGUGUGUCAGCGUUCAGUGUAGCUACUGCACUGCUGUUGUUUCUUCUCUGGAUAUUGGUCUUCUAUUUGUCCAGACGGUCAUGUCAACAUCUGGCCUACAAGACCAGCUCUCAGUCAAGAGCCGUUCAGUCCAGACGCCUCUUUUCUCUUUACCGUGUCCUCACCGAGUGCUUUUCCCCCUCCCUGCCUGGCCCCCCUUCACUCCCUCUCCUGGGGAACAUGCUGGACCUCACAAGGGGACAUCUCCCCAGUCACUUGACCUCCUUAGCCCGUUGCUAUGGCAGCAUCUACCGUCUUCGCUGUGGCAAAACCACCAUGGUGGUGCUGAGCAGUGCUCAGAUGAUCAGGGAGGCUCUGGUGAAGAAGUGGCCAGACUUUGCUGGAAGGCCACAUUCAUACACAGGAGAUCUUGUGUCAGGUGGGGGCUUUUCAAUCUCACUGGGUGACUACAGUGAGGAGUGGAAAAUGCACCGUCGCCUGGUUCACAGCGCACUGCAGCGUUGUUGUGCACAGUCCCUGCACGCUGUCAUUGAGAGACAGGCCCUCACACUCAGACAGGUAAUACUAGACUAUAAGGAGAGCCCUGUGGACCUUUCAAAGGAUUUUACAGUUGCCGCCAGUAAUGUUAUCACAUCUCUGGUCUUCGGAAAAGAAUACAACAAGAGCUCUGCGGAACUGCAACGUCUGCAUGACUGUCUCAAUGAGAUUGUGUCCCUGUGGGGCUCACCGUGGAUCUCCGCCCUGGACACCCUUCCGCUGCUCAGGAGGUUUCCCAAUCCACCUUUUUCCCGUCUACUGAAAGAGGUGGAAAGGAGAGAUGAACUCAUCAGAUCACACCUCCAGGACUGCAAGAUGCAAUAUGAGGACAAAAAUGCUGAUGGCAUCAUCACAGCUUCUCUUCUUCAGUGCCAGGACCAGACAGGGGGCCAGUCACAGAGGACUACUCUGACAGAGACCCAGGUGCACAUGGCCGUGGUGGAUCUGCUGAUCGGUGGCACAGAAACCACUGCAGCCUGGCUCUACUGGAUGGUGGCCUUCCUGCUGCACAGACCUGAGGUGCAGUUCAAUGUGUACAAUGAGCUGUGCACGGUGCUGGACAGUCGCUACCCUCGGUACAGUGACAGACACAGGCUGCCUUGCACAUCUGCCCUCAUCAGCGAGGUGCUCAGACUCAGGCCGGUGGCUCCGCUCGCAGUUCCUCAUCGUGCUACUAGGGACAGCAGCAUUGCAGGUUACUUCAUCCCAAAGGACACCAUAAUCAUCCCUAACCUGUAUGGGGCUCAUCAUGACCCUGAUGUCUGGGAUGAUCCAAACACCUUCAAGCCAGAACGCUUCUUGGAAGACAAAGGGGCUUCCACCCGAGCACUCGUGCCUUUUGGAGGUGGUGCAAGGUUGUGCCUGGGAGAGUCCAUUGCUAAAAUGGAGCUCUUCCUGUUUGCUGCCUAUCUACUACGUGACUUUCAGUUCCUUCCCACUGGGAACAAGACCUCUCUACCAGACCUUAAAGGAGUAGCCAGUGUGGUGCUCAAAGCCAAGCCUUUCCAUGUCAUUGUGCGUCCACGGCCUUGA